UCCAUCAUGCGGAUCUUCUGUCUGUCGAGAACACAGAUUCCCAGCAUAAAAUAAGAAUGGCUACAGGAUUCAGUGCAUCAGUGUUACAUGCCGGGGAUUUCGAAUACGACUAUCCUUGCACAGAGUGCCAGGAACAUGGACUUAAUUCGGAGGCCAUCUACUUCUGUCAACAAUGUACCCGCCAAUUCUGUGGCGUGUGUAUAAAACAGCAUGAUCGAUUUUACCGGAAACAUCCCAUUCUUGGAACAGAAAAGAGGGACUUAUGGGGAAAAGUGAAAAGCACGUGCAAAUUACAUCCUGGUGAAGAAAUGAAGGUAUUUUGUAACGACCACGGGCAAAGCUGUUGUAUCACAUGUCAGAAGGAGCUACACAGGCAAUGUAAGCAGGUCAUACUCCUACAAAACAAAACACCCAAACCUCCAACUCGACCAGUGUCAGAAAAAAGUGGAAAUUCGACAGUUACUACAAACAGUGAUCAACUGUUUUUUAAACGGACAGAAAAAGUAGGAACAAGUGAGCAUGAUAAACUGCCACUUAAAUCGACAGAGAAAGUAGGAACAAGUGAGCAUGAUACACUGCCACUUAUAUCGACAGAGAAAGUAGGAACAAGUGAGCAUGAUACACUGCCACUUAAAUCGACAGAGAAAGUAGGAACGAGUGAGCAUGAUACACUGCCACUUAAAUCGACAGAGAAAGUAGGAACAAGUGAGCAUGAUACACUGCCACUUAAAUCGACAGAGAAAGUAGGAACAAGUGAGCAUGAUAAACUGCAACUAAAUUUGAAAGAGAAAGUAGGAAAAAGAGAGCAUGAUAAACUGCCAUUAAAAUUGAAAGAGAAAGUAGGAGCAAGUGAGCAUGAUAAACUGCCAAAAAAAUCGACAGAGAAAGUAGGACCAAGUGGGCUUGAUAAACUGCAACUAACAUCGAAAGAGAAAGAUGGAACAAGUGAGCAUGACAAACUGCCACUAAAAUCGAAAGAACAAGUAGGGACAAGUGAGCAUGAUAAGCCGCAAGUGGUAUCUGAUGUAGACCCCUAUAGGCAGUUUAAAGUAAUAGAAACGAAGCGCUUAAAAGUUAAAUUAGAAAAUGGCGACGAUCCGUGUCGAAUACUAGGUAUAACAGUGCUGCCUGAAGGAGAUAUCAUUUUAAUUGACAAUUGGAAUAGAAAAAUGAAGCUGCUAUCAGCUGACUACGCCGUGGUGGACUAUUUCACAAUUUCAUUGGGGCCAUUGGGCAUCUGUGCAGUAUCUGGCAACCAGGUGGCGGUAUGCUUUGGGAACAAGGAUAUACUGUUUUUCAAUGUCAAAAACAGCAAGUUGAAGAUGGAGAGAAAAUUACAACUGGACUUCGACUGCAGUUAUAUGGCAUACAUGGCAGGCAACCUGUAUGUAGCAUCUGGUAAAACCGUGUACCAAUUAACACUGGCUGGUCAGAGGGUGAGAACGAUCUACACAAUAUAUGGAAGGUAUGUGCGGGGUCUUGCAGUGAGCCCAGAUGGGGACAGGCUCUACAUCACUGUCAUUGAAGAUCAUCAACUAGUGACGGUGAACAUGCAAGGCCAAGAACAGGCUACACAGAAGAAUGAGGACCUUUUAGGUCCCACAGGUGUGUGUGUGUCUCCUGGUGGACAUGUGUUUGUGUGUGGGAUUUAUUCAAACACCAUCCAACAAGUGGAUAGUGAGGGCAAACACAAGCUGGCCAUACUGGCCACCGAGAAGGAUGGUGUGUUAUUUCCAUUAUCAGCAUGCUUUGACAUAAGGACGUCAUCCCUUCUUGUGGGAAUGAAAAAUGAUGAUUUAAUUAUAUUAAAGCUGAAAUAAACUAUGUUUUAUAGCAACCAUUCCUGUCACAAUGCAAUUUGUGAUCGAACCAGAUAUAAUUUUAGGCUGAUGCGAGUUGAAGUAUAAAAAUAUACUGACAACAAGUAUGGAAUGAUCGUGAAAAAAUAACUACAAAGUUGCCCUAGCAGCUGCUCUCCAUUCGAGUUUACUUUUUAAUUUACUUUUUACUUUUAAUGAUUUUACUAGGCUGAACUUUUGAAAUGAAACAAUUCUAUAAUAUCGGCUAUUAAUACAACCAUGACACAAGUCGAAAAUUUUAAUUUUUAAUGAUGUUGUUUGAAAAAAUAUGGGAUAGGUAAUUUUACGAAAGCGGUCUAUUGAAAGAAAAUACUAUCUGCCUACCAUAAUUCAACCUAUCGAGGUCAAAAGUUUCAAUAUCCUCCUUUUCUUUCUCUGACAGUUCACUGCCCUUCUCUUUAGACAGACCCUCUUUGCCUUGAUAGAAUGUGUAGCCGACAGUAAUGUUAUCCUCCACGAUCAAAACACAAUGAUCGUUAUUUAAGGUUUCUAGGGGCUUAUUGAAGAAUUAAAUUGUUUUGUAAUGUGGUUCGUUGGUGUAUGCAAACAUUUAGUCAGGGCACGUCAUUUUAGUUAUGUCUCCCCCUCUCUGGGGGAGACAUAUUGUUUUUGCCCUGUCCGUCAGUCCGGUAGUCCGGUAGUCCGGUAGUCCGGUAGUCCGUCAGUCCGUCCGUACGUCACACUUCGUUUCCGAUCGAUAACUGGAAAACCGCAUGACCUAGGAUCACCAAACUUGGUAGGGAGGUUGGUCAUGAGGUGUAGAAGAUCCCUAUUGUUUUUGGGGUCACUAGGUCAAAGGUCAAGGUCGCGGCGACCCCCAAUGUAAAAAACAUUUCCGCUCAAUAUCUUGACAAUGGUUUGACCUAGGUUCACCAAACUUGGUAGGGAGGUUGGCCAUGAGGUGUAAAAGAUCCCUAUUGUUUUUGGGGUCACUAGGUCAAAGGUCAAGGUCGCGGCGACCCCCAAUGUAAAAAACAUUUCCGCUCAAUAUCUUGAGAAUGGUUUGACCUAGGUUCACCAAACUUGGUAGGGAGGUUGGUCGUGAGGUGUAGAGGAUCCCUAUUGUUUUUGGGGUCACUAGGUCAAAGGUCAAGGUCGCGGCGACCCCCAAUGUAAAAAACAUUUCCGCUCAAUAUCUUGAGAAUGGUUUGACCUAGGUUCACCAAACUUGGUAGGGAGGUUGGUCGUGAGGUGUAGAGGAUCCUUAUUGUUUUUGGGGUCACUAGGUCAAAGGUCAAGGUCGCGGCGACCCCCAAUAUAAAAAACAUUUCCGCUCAAAAUCUUGAGAACGGUUUGACCUAGGUUCACCAAACUUGGUAGGGAGGUUGGUCAU